UCGCCCGUUAUCGCUCGACUGUUUACAAAAUACAUCGUGAUUUUGAUUGGCGAUGGCUGGAUUUGAACUGCGUCGGUUGAAUAAAAAUCUUUUACUCGCGUGAUUCAUCAGUCCGGUGAUUUUAAUAGUGGUAAUUGUGCAGUGAAUAUUUAUGAUUACUAGUUUGUUGAGAAGAGUGCUAUUUGAAAGUUAGAAUUCACCCGUAAAAUAUGAAGCUUGUUACUGACGCCAGCUGUGAGUCACUGGAACCGGUUCGCAUUGCCAUCCGCGAGCGACCGACUGAUUGCGUUGAAGUUGAGAGCACAAUACAACACCACUUCGCAAAUGAUCAGAUUUUGAUAGUGGAUGAGAGACCGUUUGUGUUCGAUUACGUGUUCCGGCCGGGGGCAUCCCAAGCGCUAGUGUACGAUGCUUUGAUUCGGCCGCUGGUCGUCAAAAUGAUAAACGGAUUUUUCUGCACCGCAUUAGCUUAUGGGCAAACCGGAACAGGCAAAACCUUCACAAUGGGACUGCAAUGGGAUCAUAGUGGACCCCAUGACAUUAACCGAGGUAUGAUAACGCGAGCCCUAGAUCAGACUUUUGAGCUACUCAAAGAAUCAAGAAACAAGGAGGAUUACGAGAUUGAGGUGUCAUUUGUGGAGAUUUAUAACGAGAAAAUUUAUGAUUUACUGUCGGAAAACUCAUCGGAGCCUAUAAAUACGCGUGGGUGUAAGUUCAAUGGUGGAACAAAGCGUCAGGUCAGUCGAGCGGGACAGGCUCAAGAUAUUCUAAUGGAAGGAAACAAAAAUCGGCAUGUACGGCCGACCAAGAUGAAUACGCUUAGUUCGAGAUCGCACGCUAUUUUUAGCAUUCAUGCUUCAGUUGUACACGAUGAUGCAAGGAUUGUUUCUGCGUUACACCUGGUGGAUUUGGCAGGUUCCGAGGGUGUCCGUCGCACGGGACAUCAAGGAGUGGCCCUGGCCGAAGGCGUUCACAUAAAUCAGGGCCUACUGAGCAUCGGGAAGGUGCUGCAGGCGUUGUCCAUCGGGAGUAAAGUGGUUCCGUAUCGUGACAGUAUCCUUAGUACGGUACUGCAAGAUUCGCUUAAUUCUAACUCGUAUCUAACGCUGUUAGCUUGUGUGAGCCCGCUGCCCGAAGAUUUGAGCGAGACACUGUCGACGAUCCGGUUCGCACAGGGUGCCAAGACGUUGAAAAACAAUCCGCAAAUCAAUGCCAUCACGGCGGAGCUAAAGGCUAAAGAGCGCACUCGCACACCGGGUAAAAGCUACGUUCCCGGGGCGCUGAAAUCGAAGAAUCUCAACCCGAAAACACCCAAAUCGGCGGUGAAACGACCUCUGCCACCGGGUGGCGGUUCGUCAGUGAAGAAGGUACAUAGCAACACCUUUUGCACUCCCAGCAAAAUUCGUAAAUUGGACUACGGAAAGCUGAACUCAACUGUUGCACCAAUUCCGGCGGAGAUCAAAGUGGUACCGGAACCAAAACUAGUGGCCCCACCUACCAAGGCUGCUUUGCAGGCGAAGAAUGCCAUGAUGCCUCCACCACCGCCUAUUUUUCCGCGGUUCAGUGACGUUACAGAAAAGGAUUUCGAGUCCAUUCCGGCCGAUUCUCGGUCGUCGAUAUUCAGUCUGAAUCUAUCCAGCUCAACCUCGGUGGAUCAACCGGUUGCGUCUUCCAGUGUGACUUCGCAGAGUAGCAGUUACAGCCCCAUCGUGAAAAAGUGCAUGGAGACGUUCGAAGCUACCAUCGAGCAAAAGUUGGCACAAAUGUUCGCUAAAAUACAACAUAUACAACCAGUCCCGGCAGAUGCAGCACUAGUAUCUGCCCACCCAGCACCCAUUCCAGCCACUCUCACUGCUAACCCAACCAUCGUGAUUGACUGCACUAGCGCUCAAAAGGACAACAACAAUAGUGAUAGUAGUGCAGCACCCUCCGAAACAUCAAUAAACGCAGCUCCUCCAACAACGGGAGCAAUUCCAUGGGAUAUGAUUCGCCGGGAAAUUCAAGAAGCAAUUCGCUCGGAAAUCAGUACCAUCAACGAUUCCCAUGUUAUGAAGUAUGAAAGCACUCCCUGCCAGAGGCAGAAUGAAUUUCGCGCCGUUCCACAAAAUACGGCGAUUCGAGUAAAUCCGGCUCUACAACGUUUGAAGGAACAGGCCAAGCAGCUAACAGCCGCUGAUGACUCAGCUGGUGAAACCGGGUUAAACAGCACUGUUGUGGCGAACACUAGAACGCCGCGACACUGGGACGUAAUCAAUGUUGAUAGCGACGAUGAAACCGCGAAUGAAUUCGGUGAAACAAAUGACAAUGGAGUCGUGAGGAGACUUUCGAAACGGCUCUCCGGAAAGCGCCUGCCAUUUGAUGAAAUUGACGCAAACACAAAUCAGAGCGUUGCAGUACUAUCGGCGAAGGUAGGAGGAAUUCCUGACGAUAGCUAUUUGUGGCAAGUCCAAGACGGCAUGGUGCGUCGUCGUAGUACACGGAUUUCCAUGCGCAAAAAUAUGUCCUCCCAUCAGCACCGGAAAGGUUGUUGCCAAUCUGCCAAGAAAAGAAAACAACAUUUCGAGGCUGUACUCGAGGACGAAAAAGAAAAUUUAGAGCAAACCAGUAUGGGUCUUAAGAGAAAGGUCACUCAUUUAACGAUUAGCAAUAAAGUGAUUGCUGGUUAUUUCCACCAAACGCCGGCUGUCGGCAGAAAGGAACCCAAGAUGACGGCUUCAAAGCAUGGGAAGGCUGUGCUGGAUCUUGUUAACCGUGGCAGCAUCAAAGAAGUGCAGAUUCUACCUACCGUGGGUUUGAAAACGGCUUAUCAAAUUGUGACUCAUCGUACUAUCAACGGAAAGUUUAAGAAGAUUGAUGAUUUGUCUAAGCUGUUUGUCGGUGGCAAAAAAUGGUCCAAGUUUCUCGAGGCGAAUUACCUAUCCUAAAGCUGUGGAGAAAGCUGCACUUUUGUGGUCGUUUCUCUGUACUCGGGACUGCAGCAGAUUUUGUAAGAUAGAUAUAUUGCUAAUUUCACUUUUGUCGACAUUUACCGUAAUCGAAAAAUAGUUUACUCUGACUUUUUAAUAAAACAUGCUUUAACCUAAAUUUGUUUCAUUCAAACUAAGAAUUAUGAAGCACCCUAGGGGUUUUACUUACAACCAUCAGAUUAAAUUAUCCAACAGGAACUAGAGUGAAAAUUUAAAUGAUUCGAUUGACUGGAUCAGAUUGAUCUCUAUAAAUUUUAUGCUAAGAAUUUACAGACAUUUUGUGACUACGUAAUGUUAAUCCAAGUUUUGACUUUUGCAUUAAUAAAAUUUAGUAUCGCAACGAA